CCAGCAACUCAUGAGUGGUGGUCGGAAGCUUCGCAUCCCACCCAGCGCCUUCCUCCGCGUGAACGCUAAUGGUCCGUGGAUUCGCCGUCGCUGUGUGGUGGAGUAUGACGGCGCUGACUUCUACGGGUCCCAGGCGCAAGACCAACCUGGUUCCAUGCGCACCGUGCAGGAGGUUAUCGAGGACGCGCUAAAUCGUACUACGGGCGAGAAGGAGCUGCCCAGACUGCGCUUCGCCUCGCGCACGGACAGUGGUGUACAUGCUUUGGGUCAGGUGAUGGUGUUUGUCAGUCAAUGCACUGAGUCGGACCGUGUCUUCCGCGAUGCUCUCAACACGCGCCUUCCUGAUGACGUUCUGUGUCGCAGGAUGGCUACAAUGACGGAGGCAGAGGCUGACUUCGACCCACGCGGCGACACCAAACGCAAACGUUACGAGUACGAGCUGAUCGCUGGUGGUCUGCGUCCUGUAGCUCAUCGUCGCAAUGUGUGGUACAUUCGCAAGCCUCUGGAUGUAGCCAAGAUGCAGCAAGCGAUCAAUCACUUGAUGGCGCCACCCACGACGAAAGACUUCUCGUCCUUCACGCCCCAGAAACCUGUGGACAAAGAGCGAGGCAACAUCUGCACAGUCUCAACGAUUGAGCUUCAUUCGGACAAUUUAAAUGACAGAGGAGACGCUCAGUACCAAGAAGAUGUAGCCAUGAGGAUACGUCUGGUCUUUGAGGGUAACAGGUUCAGGUACAAGAUGGUGCGGAUCUUGGUGGGUACCAUCGUCGAUGUUGGCUUGGGGAGACUGAAACCCGAUGACAUUCCAGUGAUCCUAGCAGCUAAGAAUCGAGGAAAAGCAGGACAGGGCGCACCAUCGCAAGGACUUACGUUGGUAUGGGUCAAAUACGACUAACUCGACAAUGUAUCCAUUUUGUUAGAAGGAAAGGUAUCCAGAACCUAGAAUUCAUACCACUUUUUGUUGGCG